UUUGAUCCUCGACGUUUACCAUGUGUUCGUUUACUCUAUGUGGCUAUAAACUAUCAUUCUAGGCUUUCAGAAUGGGUAACAUCUUCGGAAACCUGUUCAAAGGCCUUUUCGGCAAAAAGGAGAUGAGAAUUCUUAUGGUCGGGUUGGAUGCAGCUGGUAAAACUACUAUCCUAUACAAAUUGAAGCUUGGAGAAAUUGUUACUACUAUACCCACUAUUGGAUUCAACGUUGAAACAGUUGAAUACAAAAACAUUUCAUUCACGGUAUGGGAUGUAGGAGGUCAAGAUAAGAUUCGGCCACUGUGGAGGCAUUACUUCCAAAAUACACAAGGUCUUAUAUUCGUUGUCGAUUCUAAUGACCGCGAACGUGUUGGAGAGGCCCGGGAAGAGUUAAUGCGUAUGCUGGCCGAGGAUGAACUCAGGGAUGCAGUUCUUCUUGUUUUCGCAAACAAACAGGAUCUACCAAACGCAAUGAAUGCCGCUGAAGUUACAGAUAAACUAGGACUACAUACUUUGAGAAACAGGUCGUGGUACAUUCAGGCUACUUGUGCUACAUCGGGAGAUGGUCUGUACGAAGGUCUCGACUGGUUGAGCAAUCAGCUAAAGAACAGAGGCUAAAUCAAAUUCCACGAUUAGCACCGUGCAAUUUUCCUGUAGGUCUGUUCCGUCUUUCGUUUAGCGUAUACUGUAAUAUCAUGGUACGAGUCAUUGGUGCUCGGUAUCCAAAUAUUCGUUUACGGUAGGCGUAGGCUGGGAACAGCACGAUAUAUUUCAUUUCUCCUUUUUUGUUUUACUCAACUCUGCUAGUUAUUAUUUUUUUCUUGAUUUUUGUCGCUCUUUUUUUGUUAAGAAAAUUUCUCUAUAGCGACCUUGGUACUGGUAUUCCAAGGGUCGCUGGUUUACUGUCCCUGUUUUAUGUGUAAUCGAUUUUUUUAUUCAGCGACAUCGGGGUGCAUUGUUUCACACCAUCUUAUCAUAUUCGUGUUGUGUAUCUCGUUUCUAUGCACAUACACCGUUCUCAGCCUGAUUUGUUAUCCCCCGCCCGUAUAAUUGUAAACUCGAUCACAUGAUCCCCCUCGCAUCAGCAGCAUGAUUGUCACUCCAUCUGUGUUAACUCGUAUUUAUUUAUUCUCUUCUUAACAUUUUGAAGAUGCGUAUCGCUUGAAGU